CACAGCACAUCCACUUCUGGGACUGUAAACACACUCACACACACCAACAGCAUCAACAACACAGCAUGCCACUCGGGCGGCGCACGACGCGGGAAUGGAUCCGCACCUCCAUGCGCACCCCGGGCAUCCUGAUCUUCGGGAUGGUCCUGGCUCCGUGCGGCUGGAUCCUGGACCUGACCGCCACCGUGGCCCCGAACUGGAGGACCCUCCACAACAUCCCCCAGAGACCCGAAAACGAGAUCAUCCAGCAGGGCAUCUUUGACAUCUGCACGACCACCGACACCUCCACGUCGCAGACGUGCCAGCAGGAAGACCCCGAGUACUUCCAGGAGGAGAUCAUCCCGGUGUCGCAGGGGCUGAUGGUCGCCUCCCUGGUCGUGACCCUCAUCGGGAUAGCGGUGGCCAUCCCCGGGGUCCGCUGCUGGAAGGACCGACCCAACUGGACCGUGGCCGGCCUCGGGGGUCUGUUGAUCUUCCUCUCGGGGGUCAUGACCAUCAUCCCCAUCUCCUGGUACACCCACAUCCUCACCAACGUGACCACCGUGACCACGGGCGCGGAGAUCCGCGUGGGCUACUGCAUCGUCCUGGGCUACAUCGGCGGGAUCUUCGAGGUCCUGGGGGGCUUCGUGAUGUUCAUCGGGAUCUGCCGCUGCUGCGGGGGUAAGAACCGGGGCGAGAAACCCGUGGAGGAGGUGACGAACCGCAACGGCCGCCAGAAUCGUCCUCAGUCCAGAACGGUGGACGUGCCGACCCUGAGCCGGGCCCGGAGCGCCGCCAGCAGCGUCCCGUACGGCCGCGAGUCCCUGGACGAUGAUGUGUCCUUCCCCCGGGCCAAGAGCCCCGGAGCCCCCUCCAACAACAGCUUCAACGGGAGACCCUACGAUGCAGAUCUAUGAGAAGCAGCAAUGCUUUUUAUUUAAAAUAUAUAUAUAAUAAAAAAAAAAAAAAUGCAUAAAGGGACCGAAGGUGGCACGUAUUGUAGUAAAAACAUAGAAAGACUUCAAAGUACCUUCAAA